UUGGUUUAACUGAAGAUGGAAACACUGGAGUCUGAGCUGACCUGCCCGAUCUGCCUGGAGUUAUUUGAAGAUCCCCUGCUCUUGCCCUGUGCUCACAGUCUUUGUUUCAACUGUGCCCACCGCAUCCUGGUGUCCCACUGCUCCACCAGCAAGCCCCUCGAGUCUAUCUCGGCCUUUCAGUGCCCAACGUGCCGUUACGUCAUCACGCUGAAUCACCGCGGGCUGGAGGGCCUUAAGCGCAAUGUGACGCUGCAGAACAUCAUUGACCGCUUUCAAAAGGCCUCCCUUAGUGGGCCCAACUCCCCUACUGAGAGCCGGCGCCUGCAGCCGCCGCGCCCCUACACCGCCACCAUUAGUCCACGCAUCAGCUGCCAGUUCUGCGAGCAGGAUCCGCCGCGGGAAGCCGUCAAGACGUGUGUCACGUGCGAGGUGUCGUACUGUGACCGCUGCCUGCGUGCGACUCACCCGAACAAGAAGCCGUUCACCAGCCACCGCCUGGUGGAACCGGUGCCGGACACUCACAUCCGUGGCCUGACUUGUCUGGAGCAUGAGAAUGAGAAGGUCAACAUGUACUGCCUGGUGGACGACCAGCUCAUCUGUGCACUCUGCAAGCUGGUGGGGCGCCACCGAGAGCACCAGGUGUCCUCGCUCACCGAGCGCUUUGACAAGCUCAAGCAAACCCUGGAGAACAACCUGACCAACCUGGUGAAGAGGAACAGUGAACUUGAAAACCAAAUGGCAAAGCUCAUCCAGAUCUGCCAGCAGGUUGAGGUGAACACAGCCAUGCAUGAAUCUAAACUGGUGGAGGAGUGUGACGAGCUGGUGGAUAUCAUUCGCCAGAGAAAACAGGUCAUCGCUGUGAAGAUCAAAGAGUCAAAGGUGAUGAAACUGCGUAAGUUGGCUCAACAGAUUGCGAACUGUCGCCAAUGUCUGGAGCGUUCCAGUGCCCUCAUCACACAAGCCGAGCAGAGCCUGAAGGAGAACGACCACGCCCGCUUCCUCCAGACCGCCAGAAAUGUAGCCGAAAGGGUUGCCAUGGCGACGGCUUCCUCCCAGGUCCUCAUCCCUGACGUCAACCUGAACGAGGCCUUUGACAACUUUGCCCUGGAUUUUUCCAGAGAGAAGAAGAUUUUAGAAGGACUAGAUUAUCUAACAGCUCCAACUCCGCCGUCCAUAAGAGACGAGCUGUGCACCGCCUCCCAUGACACCAUCACUGUUCACUGGACGUCAGAGGACGAGUUCAGUGUCACCUCCUACGAGCUGCAGUACACCAUCUACACGGGACAGACUAAUUUCAUCAGUUUGUACAACUCGGCCGACAGCUGGAUGAUCGUACCAAACAUCAAGCAGAACCACUACACGGUGCACGGCUUGCAGAGCGGCACCCGGUACAUCUUCUUUGUGAAGGCCAUCAACCAGGCAGGAAGUCGCAACAGUGAGCCGGCACGCCUCAAAACCAACAGUCAACCCUUCAAGCUGGACCCAAAGACGGCCCAUAAGAAGCUCCGCCUGUCCAACGACUGUCUGACCAUGGAGAAGGACGAGAGCUCGCUAAAGAAGAGUCACACCCCCGAGCGCUUCAGUGGCACGGGCUCAUAUGGAGCAGCGGGUAAUGUCUUCAUUGACAGUGGGUGCCACUACUGGGAGGUGCUGCUGGGAGCAUCCACAUGGUAUGCCAUUGGCGUGGCCUACAAAUCCGCCCCAAAGAACGAAUGGAGCGGCAAGAACUCGUCCACGUGGGUGUUCUCUCGCUGCAAUAACAACUUUAUGGUGCGCCACGACGGCAAGGAGAUGCUGGUGGAGGCGAGCCUGCAGCUGAGGCGGCUGGGCGUCCUGCUAGACUAUGACAACAAUUCGCUGUCCUUCCACGACGCGAUGAACUCCCAGCACAUUCACACCUUUGAAAUCUCCUUCCUCCUGCCCGUCGUCCCCACCUUCAUGAUCUGGAACAAGUCGGUCAUGAUCCUCUCAGGGCUGCCCGUCCCCGACUUUGUUGACGGUUUGGCCUCAGAUCUACAAGAACAGCAGCAGCAGCAGAUGGGCCUGUGCCGACAAGAGUCGCCGUACUUGACCGGGAUGAAGACCUGCCACUGAGAAGGAGUCCACUCGGGCCCGGUGACUUACGUUCUGCUCUGAUCUUCAUAACGAGUGGACUGGUCAGUUUUUAUGGACUUAGAAAGAGAUGGAAAUAUGCGCAGAAAAAUGUCAGUUUGUAGCCAUCCAAUGCUUCGCAAAUCCAUCAGAGAAUGGGAACAAGGUCUCUUGACUGAAGUAGUCAGGGGACGUGAAACUCAUCUGAGUCGCUGAUGAUGUGAGCUUUGGUCUGAUUGGACAGAGCAGGACUCCUGGUUUUCUUGACCAUUGAAGGUCUUCCUUUUUGAUUUAUUGUCUUCUUGAGUUGACCCGAGGCAGAAGACCAAAGAGGGAAUGUUUGAAGUGCAACAUGUGAACAGUGACAUUAAUACAUCAUUAAAACUGAAAAGAAGGAGGAGGCAGCCAGAACACAACCUAAAUAAAGACUUUUUAAAUGUCCAUAUAUCUGUCAUAUCAAGGUUAUCUCAAAAAGUCAAAAAACUCAUGUCCACCCUGCUGCUGGGACUCCCACAACACUUGUUGUUUAUUUAACCUGAACACUCUUUAACCCUACCAUGCCCUAGUUGAACGUCCCUGUCUUAUCAUGCAUUAACAUGCAUUAACAUGCAAAGAACAAACUACUUACAGCUAAAGCGUUUCUCCUGAGUUGAGAUGCAAACAUAAAGGAGCUCACUCCACUAACAGCAGUCUGAUGACGUCAGUCUGAUGACCUUACUCUUCUUUUGACGCAGCAACACAGAAUGUCUUAGCAGCAGCAGCCUAUUUGUUUUCUUGGCAACAGUUAGAAAGUUAGAAAAUGUCCCAAAACAUUUCUUCUGCUAAAUGUGCAAGAUGCUUCCAUCUGGCCAACGCAAACACAACAACCUUAUCAACAGCACAUAUCUCCGUCACUGUUCACGUGUUGCACCUUCUGUCCCUGAACGUGGUCGUUGCUCAACUCUGUUCCUUGGUCUUCCUCCUGGUUUUUAACCCUAGCAGCUUCCAGGUUUCAGGAAGUGCUCAUGUUGCUCCCAGAUAUUAAAUAACAUGGUCACUGGGGAUUCAGAUUUGCAUCAUGUGACUACUCCACUUGUAUAAUAAGAGGUUUAUUGAACACUAGAGAAAAAAAAAGUGUUAUUUAUGAGAAAAAAAAAGAUGAAGAUGGUUUACUUUUAUUAUUAAUCUCGACAUAUUCAUGCACUUUUUGAUUAACACUACCUCCCCUCUGUGAGUAUUUGAAUAGGUGGAGCUGAGGUGUGAUGGGGGGGAGACAGUGACGACAGGCAUAACUGCUCAUAUUUACAAAAUAAUUUAUGAUUAUUAAAUAAAGAUGGUUACCAGAAAUUAACCAUACAAAUGUUUAUUGCAAUAAAACAAUGCUAAAACUACUAUUUGUGUUUGCUGCAAACACCUAAUCUGGUCACUCACAGCACUUUGCAAUAAAACAGAAGAGCCUGCUGUAAAGUUGAAAAGGGUUUUUUCUCUGUGCUUCGAACACAAGCAGUGACUUUCCCUCCCCAUGCGUCUCUUCGAUAGCGAAUAGUAAACUGAUCUUCUUUAGAACAGGGAUAUGAUUAUGAUGUUGCUCAUGCCAUUUUUAUUACGACGAAAUGAAGAUCAAAUAAUAGCUGUUUUUUCUAUUUAAAAAAAAGUUCACUCUGAUUUCGACUCUUUCAGGGAAGGAGGGGGUUAACACUUUAACUUGCUGUCUGUCACUAUGUCAUGGCAUGAUUGUGUUUUGUGUGAUUUGUUAACACACACACAUGCACACACACACACACCAACACGCGUCAUGUUUUUGUUUAUGUUGGCCUUGUCGUGAUAAAUGCAUGAUACAUUUUAGGAUCCCGCACUGUUUGACUAGGUGAUUCAAGAAGCUCUUUUCGAUUUCACCAAAACUUGUAUGCAUCUGAUACAACAACACAACAGUUCAUUCACUCAAUCUGAGCUUAAACUCACGCAUCCACACUCCAUAGUGGCACAGUUUAUGCAGAUAUAGGAGGUUGUGUAGGGAGGCGUUGUGAUAAAGUGACAGUUGAGGUUAAAAAAAGGAAGAAGAUUUACACACCAUCUCGUUCGACACUUCAUGGCCAUUUUGACUCAUUUGUACACAUCACCAGGUUUGUCCUUGAUGUUGACUGUCACGUUUACGGACGCGCUACGAUUAGCUUGUCUUGGAAAAAAACAGGCACAACCUGCAAACACACACACAUGAUUAUUUGCUCCGGACUGCAGUGACUUAUUGACAAGCAAUGGAGUGGUAGUGAAAAUCCGACACGUCAUGGCCUCCAAGUUUACCUUUCAACCUGCAGCGUUGGUUUGGGGCCAUUGCGUGACGCAUCCAUCAUAAGGGUUCGGUUUAGGUUCUGAUCGCCUCAGUGCUUCUGGCAACAGAGAUAAUCCACUGGUUAAAGGUAACUCAGUGGCAGCUACAGUAUCACAGAAGGGUUAUUUUUCCUUCAGGCAGAUAUGUGGAUGUUACCUGACUUCCAAACAUCCGCCCAUCUAACAGAAUUAUGUCGGUCACAAGCUCAAAAAUGAAAAAUCGUACAGAAAAAAAAUGUGUUGAUUUGUGAUCCAGACUGACAAGCUCAAGUCAUCUGUGCAAGUGUGCUUGGCUGGGUCACUGCAUGAUUACGUGACCUUGCUGCAGGUUCAUAACUCUUCUAUCUUCAUGAUGAGGUUUCUUAUCUCGUGUCCAACAUAUUCUCUCUUUUUACCCCUCAAAGAAAAAAAAAAUUACAUGAAGCGUUCAUUGCCAUGCAUAUCAGACCAUUUGCAGUGCUCUUUCUUUCUUUGUGUCACAAUUCAAUACAGUAAAAUAUAUACAGUGAAUGAUUUUCAAUAGCUACCCACUCCUUGUAGUGAAGUGUAAUACUCUAGAAACAAUGCAAUAGAUUCUUCUUUUUGCUUUUCUGUUUGUGUAACUUUGGAAAUUAUUUUUACAACUCAAAAGAAGUCCUCUCCUUUUGGCAUUUGGACCUUGACAAAACAGCACAAGAAGAGCUGGCGUUGCUUUCAUGCAAGGCUUCCUGUUUCCAUAGAUAUAAUUUCAGCCAGAGAGGAAUGUAAAUCAUAGGGGGAAAUAUAUAUUAUAUAAAGUUGUAUAAUAUACAAAAUAUAUAUGA